UGGGCUAAGUGCUUAGAAUGGAUCAGUGAAGUUUGUAGAGAGCAGCUUGCUAAUGUCUGGGUUUGUGUCUGCACAGGCUAAGGACAGCGAUGAUGAUGAUGAAGUCACCGUUAGCGUGGACCGGGAUCGCUUCAUGGAUGAGUUCUUUGAACAGGUGGAAGAAAUUCGAGGGUUCAUCGAUAAAAUUGCUGAGAAUGUGGAGGAAGUGAAGAGGAAGCACAGUGCUAUUCUUGCAUCCCCCAACCCAGAUGAGAAAACAAAGGAGGAGCUUGAAGAAUUAAUGUCUGACAUCAAAAAGACAGCAAACAAAGUGCGCUCCAAGUUAAAGAGUAUUGAACAGAGUAUUGAACAAGAGGAAGGAUUGAAUAGAUCAUCUGCUGACCUGAGGAUAAGGAAAACGCAGCAUUCCACAUUGUCGCGCAAGUUUGUGGAGGUGAUGUCUGAGUACAAUGCCACCCAGUCUGACUACAGGGAGCGCUGCAAAGGGAGGAUUCAAAGACAGCUGGAAAUCACUGGCAGGACCACAACCAGCGAGGAGCUGGAAGACAUGCUGGAGAGCGGGAAUCCAGCCAUCUUCUCCUCUGGGAUCAUCAUGGAUUCCAACAUCACCAAGCAGGCGCUGAACGAGAUCGAGACGCGGCACAGCGAGAUCAUCAAGCUGGAGACCAGCAUCCGGGAGCUGCACGACAUGUUCAUGGACAUGGCCAUGCUGGUGGAGAGCCAGGGCGAGAUGAUUGACCGCAUUGAGUACAACGUUGAGCACUCUGUGGACUACGUGGAGCGGGCUGUGUCUGACACCAAAAAGGCUGUUAAGUACCAGAGCAAAGCCAGGCGGAAGAAGAUCAUGAUCAUUAUCUGCUGCGUGGUCCUGGGCAUCGUCAUCGCCUCCACCUUCGGCGGCAUUUUCGGAUAGACCUUGCCAAGGCGAAACUUUCUCUGUAGACAAUGGGAUGGAGCUGCCGAGCUGCCAGGCCCAGCCGUGCCCGAGGGGGACCAAGCCCUGCAGCCGCCAGGGAGGGGCCUUCCCAGCAGAAUUUCAGUUUCUAAUGCAUGAUCGUUUUGUAACACUGUGUGUACGGUGCGGUGCGUCUGUGUGGCAAGGGGGCAGGCGGCCAGUGUGGGGGGCUGGGACAUGGGGGGAGCUGGGCCCGAUGGAGGGCAGAGCACGCAUGCAGCACUGAGCCUAAAGCAAGGCAGCCAGCUGGCGCAGUGGGGGGAGGAGGGAGGCAGGCUGCCCUCAUGUAGUGAGUCUCCUAGCACGGUGCCAGGUGCAGGACAGCAGGGCAUGCCAAUGGCACUGGGCGAGGGAGAGCAAGGGGCAGUGCUGUGUCCCCCCACAGAGCAGAGAGCCAGCCAGUCCCCACCCAGCUUUGUAGCCUGGCACUGCCAGUGGGUGUUCACUGGCAGUCAUAGCUCCUUCUGCAUCUGCUCUGCCAGGGCAUUACUGACAAAGUGCCACACCCCUCUGCCUACUCCCUGCAGUGCCCCCCUCCCUAGGGUACGCCUGGCCUGCAUCUACCCCCUGCUGCUCCCUGCAGUGCCCCCCUCCCUAGGGUACGCCUGGCCUGCACCUACCCCCUGCUGCUCCCUGCAGUGCCCCCCUCCUCCAGCCAUAUCUGACACUGCACCCACCCCCGCUGCUCCCAGCAGUGUCCUCAUCCCCAGGGCACAUCUGGCACUGCACCUACCCCUCUGCAGCUCCCUGCAGUGCCUUCCUCCGCCAUACGUGGCACUGCACCCACACUGCUGCUUCCCGCAGUGCCACCCCUCCCCUCCCCCCCCCGGAGCAUUGCAGACAAAGCACCACACACCCCACCUGCUCCCCACAGUGCCUCCCUUCCCUGGCCAUACCUGGCACGGCUUCCACCCCAUUGCUUCCCACAGUGCCCCCAUCCCCAGGGCACGCCUGGCACUGCACCUAUCCCUCUGCUGCUUCCCACAGUGCUCCCCCUCCCCAGAGCAUUGCUGAUAAAGUGUCACACACACCCCGCCUGUUCCCCACAGUGCUCCCUCCCCCGGCCAUACCUGCCACUGCACCCACCCCUGCCUGCUCGCUGCAGUGCCCACCUCCGCUGGCCCUGACCUCCCCUCUCUGGCUGGUUGGUGCAAGGCCCAGUCCCUGGUGCUGCCCCUUCCCCUCCCCUCUGGCUGGCUGCAGGGGGCUUAUUUCCCUUUGCUGCUGCCCUGCUGUGGCUGGAGGGUGUUUUCCGCAAGGCUGGGCCUAUGUUGCAGCCAUUACUGUGUGGUUGGCUGGGCCCAGUUCCAUGGGGGCAGGGCGGGGGGGUUGUCGGGGUAGGACGGCAUGUGCUCUGCUGCACUGCCCCCCUGGCGAGCACUACGACCCUUCUGUGCUGAUGCUUACCACAGAAUCAGUGCUCCCUGGGCUGCUCCAUGCCCGCUUGGCCUUGGGGAGAUGGGCAGCGCCAAUCAGGCAGAUGGCAAGGAGCUUGGUGGCCACUGCAUGGCCUGGAGCCACCUCUGGGGCUGGGCAGGAAGCGGCUGACUUGCCUGUGCCACCCACCUGUGCCCAAGGGGAUGAGGCCAGAGCAGAGGCUCAGGCUGUCCUGGGUGUGGGUCACUGGGCAGCCCUUCCAGUGCUGGGGCUCCUGCAGGCAGCUCUCGGCCCUGCCCCUAGCCCCCAUCAUCUGCCCCCACACCCACUGUGGUAAGGGGCACCAGGGCCCUGCACUGCCUUUUGGCUGCAUUCAGCCCUCUUAGGCUGGCACCUGGGGGUGGAGAGGUGACCGACUGCUUGGUGCUGCCCCGGGGAGGGAUCCCACUGCGGCCUGGCUGCUCUUUCCUGUCCCCCUCCCCGCUGGGCAUGGCACUCUGAGCCCCACUCUCUGGGCCACGCGGGGCUCAGGCCUGGCCCCCAUCACCCCUCCCCUGCGACAGGCCUGGGCUCUGUGCCCCAACCCUGCUGUGUCUGGCCAGUUGGGGAAGGGUGCAGGCUGCACAUGGGAGCCCUGCAGUCGCCCCUGCCCCCAGGCUGAGGGCCCCACGGAGCAGCAGGCUCCUGAACUGCCAGUGGGCUGCUACCGUUCAGUGUUGUAAGCUCCGUCUCUUCCAGCUCCCUAAGGGAGAGUGUUGCAGGGCUGGCUCUGUCCCUCCCCUAGCCAGGAGCACCCCCCUCACCUCAGCUGUAAUGCAAGAGCCAUGCCAGCCCCCUGGCCUUCCUCGAGGGGUGCCCCAACCUCGCCCCCAGCUCAUCAGCACUGAGUGCUCAAGGGACCAUUUCACCAAGCCACUGCUGGCUUCAGGGGGCCACAUCCCCCCGCCCCGCCCCAAGGGCUGCAGCGAACGUGUGAGUGGUGGCAGCCUGCAAACCUGCUGGAGGGAGCCUCCAGCGAGAGCCUGGCCCUCUGACCCUUCCCAGCCCUGCAGCUCUGUGUGCCCGGAGACACCUGAGAGCAAGAGCCCAGCUGGGCUCGCCUGCCUGGGGUGGGGCUGAGCCAAGGCCCUGCCUGGAUCCCCGCAGCGUGUGGGGAGGGGCUUGCCCUGUGCGUGGCAGGCGAGGGCUUUAACUGGAGUUGGUCAGCCUAUGCCAGUGCCAGAUGGUCCGUCCCCAGGCUGGGGGGGCAGGCAGGGGAGCCGGGCCCCAAAGACACCAGUCAGUAUCUAGCAUCAAGGCCUGACCUGCAACGGAGUCACCACGGCAGCUGUGGGGCUCUGAGGGUCCGUCCGUCCCUGCCCCACCCGGCCCACGUUUGGCUUCAGUCCUGCAAUGCCAUCACCAGAGCACCUGCUCCCUGGGAGACAGCCAGGCAGGGGCUAUGCUGGCACCUCCUGGCCCCAAGGGCAGAGGGGAGCAAAGGGAGCGCACCCCAUUGAACUAGCACAACACCCCUUGAAAGCCAAAUCCCCAGUGACUGCCUGAGGCUGUGCUGCGACUAGUGGCAGGGGUGGCCAGGGGGAAGGCUGCACAGGUGGGUUCUGUCAUGCCAGUGUCUGUCAUGCCCAGCUGUGCAGCUGACCCGGGUCCGGCCUGGGUGCUGUGCUGCUGGGACUGUGGGGUCAGGGGUUGUGCUGCACACGGCAAGCGCAGGGGCUGUGACCAGCUGCCUGCGAGCUGAGACUCAUACCCCCACUCCCAGCACUGCUGGGAGGGGCUGGCCCUUAGCACCCUGGGGAAGGGAGCCGAGGGGCUGUAGCUGGAGGGUGACCAGCCCUAGCAGACAGGGCUCACAUGAUACCUUGAGGUCGGCAGGUGGCUUUCAGGAGGUGGCCAGCUGAGCUGUAUCCCACCAGGCUGAAUGGAGACUGGGCUGACCCAGGCCUGCUGGGCACCAUGUGCUGGGGCACAGUGGGACACUGGCCACCCAGCCUCCGCCUUGGUGUGGUAACACCUGUGCUGCAGUAUUUAGUCCCCAUCCCCCUCCAUAGGCCCCAACCUGCUGAGUUGGCCUAAAUGAGCGUCCCCACCUUGCACCACCAGUACUGAAGGCCCUGCAAAGCACCUGCAAUUCCCAGGGUGCCAGGCACAGCAUGGGUAUCAGGGUAGAGCUGGCUGCUGCCACAUGAGGCGUAAACUCCAGCCCCCUCCCCCAGCAGCCCCGGGGCCACUGGGAGAGAAAAGCAGCAUGUGUUUGGUUUUGGCUGGUGCUUGGCCAAGCUGCUGCUGGUGCCUCCAGCCGUGGCAGGGCAGGCCGAAGAUAGCGCUAGAACAGCUGGGUUGGGCGCGGCUCCCUCCAGAUAACCAGCCUCUGGCAUUGCGCAGCUUGAGUCCCACAUGGGUUCUGGGCCUAACCCUUGUGUAGUUCUGAGCUGCUAGCAGCUACGUCACAGCAAGCUUGAGAAAUGGGCAGGGUCAAGGGUCAUCCUCCCCCUGGCCCUGGCCGCCCUGCUGGGGGAGAAGGGCUGCACGGUCACACGCUGCCUUUGGACACAUCCAGCCAGUGGCAGCUGCUCCUGGGCUAGGCUGGGGCCUGGAUUCUAGAAUGCACCAGCGCAUCUGCCCCCCUAGCAGAGAGAUUGAAUACGAUGCUGCUGUGCUCUGCCUCAUGCAAAGCCUGGCCCACGCGACCGCCAGGGAAGGGCUCCUGCCGUAGGCAAGCAAUAACGGGCUGCCAGCGACCGCGCUUGGUGAGCAAGGACUGGUGGUCGCCCCUCAAACAAUGCAGCUGCUGUGGAGGCUGACCAGCUAUUUCUUCCUAAACACCCCUUGCGGAGGCAGAAGGCUCCACAGCCUUUAGUAGCAGGGCUAGAACAGCGGCCGGGGUGAGCCAGACAGCCCUGCCCCCAUCCUCAGGUGCAGGGGCUGCAUUAGACCCCGCUGCAGGGAGACUCUGCACUCAGCACACCACCCUGCUGCCAGAACAGCUGAGCAUGCGGGGGGGGGGGGGGCAGUGAGGAAACCAGCAAUACGAAGGGGGCAGGUGAAAUUGGGGACACAGCAAUACAGCAAGUGGGCUUCUACCCAGCUAGGGCUCCCCUCCCAGCAGCUGCUCCGUGAGGGGCUGACAUAACCACCAACCAGUGGGGCUGAGAAGCCUACAGCAGGCACAGCUAAGGGCAUUCUCUAGGGGAUAGGGGAGGGAAGGGGGGUUGGUGCAAUAGUGCAAUCCCUGCACCUCGGGGAGCCCUGGCCUGUCCCACGAGGGGAUGCGAUUAGCCAUGCUGGGUUUGGGCGUGGGGAAGAUAUUUUAAUUUUCCGUUACAACCAUCUUUUCUCAAGAAGCAUCUGUCCUAUGUGCCCCUAGGCCUCCCAGCGCCAGGGGCUUGACACAGUAUUUCAGGAGCAAGGGAGGGGAGGGGGUACAUGCAGCUUUCACUCAUACUGGGGAUUUGUUUUUUAAUUAGUGUACUUGAAAGAGUUCAGAGCAACCCCUUGGUUGUAACGUCGCUGUACCGUGAGCUAAGUGUCCUUGUUUUCUAUGUGGAUCUUGAACCUGACUUGCUCUGUUCCCAUGGUUAAAACAAGAUUGUACGUUGCCUCCUGUCUACAUCCAGCUCCCAUCCCACCCCCAGCUCGCUCGCCGCCCCCAGCUUUGGGUGCAUCACAGCUUCCCAUUUGGUGGAAUUUUUAUGUAGAAUAAACAUUUGUAGCCGUAAACCCA